AUGAGUAGUCAGGAACUGGUCACUUUGAACGUGGGAGGAAAGACAUUCACAACACGGCUUUCCACUAUACGACAAUUUCCCAGGUCUCGACUGGCACGCAUGUUGGAUGGUCGGGACCAAGAAUUCAAGCCUGUGAAUGGCCAAAUUUUUGUGGACAGAGAUGGGUCCCUGUUCAGUUACAUCCUGGAUUUCCUGAGAACUCAAUUGCUUUCCUUACCCACUGACUUUUCAGAUUAUCCAAGACUCCGAAGGGAGGCCAGUUUCUAUGAACUUGAUUCCCUGGUUGAGCUUCUUGACCAAGAAUUGUUAAAGCCUAAGCCAGAAAUUUUAGAGGUGCGUUUUAUGUGCCAGGACACUCGAGCCUUUUUCCGGGUCUUUGGCUCCUGUAGCAGCACCAUUGCGACGCUAGCUGGGCGGAUUACAAUGUUUCUAGAGCAGUCCUCUACUCAGACCUGGAGCCGUAGCUCUUCUCCUGCUCAGAUGACCUUGCCUCCAUUCCCACCACAAAGACCUUCAUACCAUGACCUGGUUUUCCAGUGUGGCUCUGAUAAUACAACUGGUAACCAGGCGGAGGCUAGGUAUGUUUCUAUAAAGCCUGAUAACCGAAAACUGGCCAAUGGAACUAAUGUACUAGGACUACUUGUGGACACUUUGCUAAAAGAGGGCUUCCGCCUGGUGAGCACCAGGACUGUGUCUUCUGAAGACAAUGUCGAAUGCUACAGCUUUGAAAGGAUGAAUAAGCCUGAAGACCUUACUGUGAAUGAAAGAACGAAAUCAGAGCCCACUGCCGUAGCCCAGCCAAUGCCAGUACAGUCUCAGAAGAAGAAAUGA